AACAUUGUAACAAUAGCAUUCACAGAGCUUUAACCUGAAAAGGACGCUUAAGACUGGUGUUAUUUGUUUUCAUCUUAACAUAACCUGCCCUUCUCAAGUUCACGAACUUUUGAAAAUCAAGGACUACGUACCAUCAGACGAUUCGUACUGCAGUGAAAUUGUGUCGAUUCUAGAGCUUUAGUAACGAUUCUUUUUGAGUCAUGGUGUGCGAGAAGUGCGAGAAAAAAUUGGGUCGCGUAAUAACACCAGACCCGUGGAAAUCUGGGGCCAGAAACACGGUGGAAAGUGGAGGAAGGAAAGUUGGGGAAAACAAAGCUCUGUCGACUAGCAAGGCGCGAUUUAAUCCGUACACAGCUAAGUUCGAAACCUGCAAAAUAUGCAGACAAAAGGUUCACCAGGUCGGAUCUCAUUAUUGCCAAUCCUGCGCAUACAAAAAGGCCAUAUGCGCUAUGUGCGGUAAAAAACUGAUGAGCACUAAAAACUACAAACAGUCCGCCACGUAGAUGGUGCGCAGCAGUGCGUGACGGAAGAUUAACAAGACAUGAGAAAUAUCAUCAAGAUGAAGCUAUUCUUUACUGUAUUUGAGUCAAAGAUUUGUUUUCCUCCUUUUCACUUUUGCCGGGGUAUAAGGGAAUAACCAGAGAGUCCCAGGGUAAUUCAGAAUCUGUGCGCAAUUCAAAAUACAGGGUUUUUUGAUUCCUCAAAAAUGUAAUUUAUUUAUUCAAGGUACAACCUUAUUUUCUUUAUAUCACGACGGUGGCAGAUUUUAUAAUACCGCACCAUAGAUGAUCGGUUAUUGAAAACUUGGAGGUGUAAGAAGGAUUAUGAAUUAUGUAUAAUAUUUGGUGCAUUAACGCUGCAAUUGUUAUUGCUGUCUUCCUUAUUUUUUUUUUUUGUAAACAAUGAAAUUUAUUUAUUUUGUGAUACAAACAUUUGUUACAUACUAAGCAAUGAUAAUAAUAAUAAUAAUAAAUCAUGAUGUUUGUAUAAAAUUAAAUAAAAUAUGCAAUAUUGUAUAAUAUCAUAA